CGCUUGGUAGUAGUAUCGUACGCUCGUGUCCGUAGCCGUAGUCCCCCGCAAUUGGUGACCUCAGCCCUGCCGAUGGCCCGUGCAGCUUAAUCUUUGGGCUUCUCAUGAAUUCCACCAACGCCCUGGCUGGCUGGGAACGGUAGCAGGCAGGUGCAGCCUCGUCACAAAUAAACCAAGACACCCGCGUCUCCCCUCCAACGACGUCCACCUCCCAAACAAUUUUCUGCAGCAGUCGUAGUGAAUUCACGAUCUUUGCUCAAUACCACCGCUCCAUCAAACUUUCCACCCGAACGAUCUCUCUCCCUUGUUCCUUGAACUUUCUUCUUAACGUGAGUUCUAGCUAAGCGCCUGAGAAGCUACCCCUCCUCCACGAACUUCAACCCAUCGGCAGUUUACUCACCUUUCUACCUCCAGCACACAUCACAAUGGCCAGCACCGUAACACCUGAGGUCCUCUGGGCGCAGCGCUCCUCCAAUGCCGACCCCGAGAAGAACUUUAUCUACCUCACCAUCAACGUCCCCGAUGUGCCAGCGUCCAAUAUCAAGCUGGACGUGAAGCCCACCGGUCUCACAUUCACCGGUCACUCCGACACCCUCAAGAAGACCUACCAUGUCGAGCUCGAGUUCUACGCCGAGAUCGACCCUACCGCGAGCAAGAUCAACCACACGGCUCGCGACGUUGAGAUGAAGCUGCGCAAGAAGGAGCUGACCGAGGAGUACUGGCCUCGCCUGCUCAAGGAGUCUAAAAAGAUGCACUUCCUCAAGACCGACUUCGACAAGUGGGUUGAUGAGGACGAGCAGAACGAGGCUGAGGAGGAGGACUUCUCGCAAUUUGGUGGCAUGGGUGGCGCUGGCGGUGACUUCGGUGGCAUCGAUUUCUCCAAGCUCGGUGCUGGGGCUGGUAUGCCCGAGGGCGAUGACGAGGAGGAAUCGGACGACGACAUGCCUCCUCUCGAGGGUGAGGAGGAGGAGGCCGCCAAGAAGGACGCCCCCAAGACGGACGACGGCAAGGAGGUUGCUUAAGUCUGUGAAGCCGGCGACGAAACGACACUUCAGCGCGUCUUGGGUCAGACAUAGACCACAGGGAUAGCUGACGUCCGGUAUGGAAGGGCGAAGCUACGAACUGGUUACCUGGGAUAAACAAGCAUCAGCAUUAGCCAAAUCAUUGGACCCACCGUUCAAUCUCAUAGGCAGCAGAGCAAUCUGGUUAGGUAUUUCGAGGGCUGUUCAAGGCUCUCUUGGCGAAUUGAAGCUACUUUUCUACUGACGCAUAUACACGCAAGUUUUGCCCUGUUUUGGGUAAAUGUUUUUUGA